UUAUAUAAAUUCUUCACCUUAUGUUCUUACAAUUUUUUUAUAUAAAUUCUUCACCAGAAUGAUAUAUCAUAUAUAUGAUGGUGAUAGUUUUAUUAUUAAAGUAGUCAUUUAUUUUAAAAUGAUCAAGUUUAAAUUUAACUGCAUAUAUAUAUUAUUUCUUAUGUAUGUGUAACAUAUAUAUAUAUAUAUAUUUUCUCUCUCCCUCACUAAUAUAUUUGUCUUUAUAUUUUAGUAGAAAAAUCAAUGGAGAUGGAAUCAUGUGUCCCUCCUGGCUUUAGAUUUCACCCAACGGAGGAAGAACUCGUGGGAUAUUAUCUCAAGCAAAAGAUUAACUCAUUGAAAAUUGAUUUAGAUGUCAUUGUUGACAUUGAUCUCUACAGAAUUGAACCAUGGGACAUCCAAGAUAGGUGUAGAUUGGGAUAUGAAGAACAAAGUAAGUGGUAUUUCUUCAGUCACAAGGACAAGAAGUAUCCAACGGGAACGAGGACUAACAGAGCCACUGCUGCUGGAUUCUGGAAGGCAACAAGGAGAGACAAGGCUGUGCUUUCAAAGAACAGAAUAAUAGGGAUGAGAAAGACCCUAGUGUUCUACAAGGGCCGCGCACCCAAUGGAAGGAAAUCUGAUUGGAUCAUGCAUGAAUAUCGACUCCAAACAUUUGAACAUGCACCUCCUCAGGCAAGUUCAAUCAAUAGCUUGCAACAUAACAAAUGUUUUCAAGUUUUUUUGAUAAAGAUUACUUCUAAACUAAAUGGGAAACAAUGUCAAGAACAUAAAUGGAAAACUAACUUCUAUAAUUUCUUAGUGAGGACAACAAAAUAUUACCCAAUUACUGCUAGUAGAUUACAAAAGUAUACACCAUUAAUCCCUCAUACAUAA